CGCCAUGUUAGGUAGGGCUCGCCGCUUUUGCCUGCAAGCACAUGGCGGGAGAGGGGCGGCUCGGCGGCGGCGGGUUUGCUGAAUGGCGGGGCCGGCGAAGGUCCGGGCGGGAAGCGAGCCCGGUUGGGGUCGGCUCCCCACGUUGCCCCUGCCGGGAACCGCGUGACGGUGGUGCUGGGGGCGCAGUGGGGGACGAGGGCAAAGGGAAGGUGGUCGACCUGCUCAGCCUCGACGCCGACCUGGUCUGCAGGUGCCAGGGGGGCAACAAUGCGGGACACACCGUUGUGGUCGACACGGUGGAAUAUGAUUUCCAUUUGUUGCCCAGCGGGGUGAUCAAUCACAAGGCCACGUCGUUCAUUGGGAACGGCGUCGUAAUCCACCUUCCGGGGCUCUUUGAAGAAGCUGAGAAGAACUUGAAAAAGGGACCAGGGUUGGAAGGCUGGGAGACCCGGACUGUGAUUUCCGAUCGUGCUCACUUGGUGUUUAAUUUCCACCAAGCCGUGGACGGCAUCCAGGAGCACCAGAGGCAACAACAAGGAGGGAAAAACUUGGGUACCACCAAGAAGGGCAUCGGUCCAGCCUACGCCUCCAAAGCUUCGCGUACCGGCCUGCGAAUUUGUGACCUGUUGGCAGAUUUCAAUGAGUUCUCCAAAAAAUUCAGGGUUUUGGCCCAGCAGUACAAAGCCAGCUACCCAACGCUUAAUAUCGACACGGAAGCCGAACUGGAGCAACUAAAGAUCUACGCCGAGAAGAUCCGGCCCCUGGUGAAGGACGGGGUGUAUUUCAUGUACCAAGCUCUGCACGGGCCUUCCAAAAAGAUCCUCGUGGAGGGAGCCAAUGCGGCACUCCUCGACAUCGAUUUCGGUACUUACCCCUUCGUGACCUCCUCGAACUGCACCGUGGGAGGGGUAUGCACCGGCCUUGGCAUACCCCCCCAUUACAUCGGCAAGGUGUACGGCGUGGUGAAGGCGUAUACCACCCGCGUUGGCGUGGGAACCUUCCCCACUGAGCAGAACAACGAGAUCGGCGAGACGCUCCAAACACGAGGACGGGAAUUCGGCGUCACCACGGGCCGUAAGCGUCGCUGCGGCUGGCUAGAUCUCGUCCUGGUGAAAUACGCCCACAUGAUCAAUGGUUUCAGCGCCCUAGCUGUGACGAAGCUGGACAUCCUUGACACUUUUGAAGAGAUCAAAGUGGGCGUGGAAUACCAUCUGGAUGGGAAGCAGAUUCCAUAUUUCCCAGCCAAUCAGGAGCUCCUGAACAAAGUCACGGUGAAGUACAAGGACCUCCCCGGAUGGAGGUGUUGCACCGAAGGGGCUCGCACCUUUGACGACUUGCCCGCCGAGGCCCAGGCUUACAUCCGCUUUAUCGAGGAAUACCUGGAAGUCCCAGUCAAGUGGAUCGGCGUGGGGAAAUCCCGCAAAUCCAUCAUCAAACUGUUUUGAGGUCUCCCGCCCGGACCGAUGGCUGCCCGCCCCUCCGGAAUGCACUCAAGCCAGCCCCCCCCCCAACCUCUUACUAGAGCAAACACAGCAUCCCUUCCUCAGUUUCCCCCCAUGUAAAAUUUCCUCUUGGCCCUUC